AUGUGGGACACUCCUUUCGCCUACAAAAAUGAUUUCUAUUCCGAGGACUUUAGUUCAAUUUCCGAACGGUUUCAGCAAUGCAAAUGGGCACAACCGAGGGUUCUAGAUUGCAAACCAUUCCAUCUCCAUAGACUCCCCCUUCUCGCCUUUAUUCCAAUUGUGCAAUCGAUGGAGCCUGUGGAGAGAUUCAAACUCUCACAUACCUCCAAACGAAUGCUUGAAAUGGUGAAGACUGUAAGAAGCCAGUUGGAUUUUGUCACCAUCGUUUUGAAGAAUGAUGAAGCUGUCAUUGAAUGUAAGGAUGACGAGAAUGAAUUCCACGUGGAGUGUAGUGCUAUGGGAUAUAUGAUUGUUGGAACUGGGAGAUAUCAGGGAAUACUCCUCCUGAAACCAGGAUCAAUUGCUGUUAACACCGCAAGAGCUUUCGAAAAGAUCCGCAGUGCAUUCAAAGUCAAAGACUAUGGAAUCGCGAUCCGUGGGGAGGCUAUCAACACCAAAGAUUUCUCUGAGCUCCUCGCCCAUCCCAUUUUUCAAAAUUGGCUAAGUAUCACAAUUGAUGGGAUUCCCUUGAAGACAGAGGAUCUCAAUUUGGUUAUGGAUAGAGCUGAUCCCCAAAAAUUUCUGGAAUUUUCAAAUUGCGUUUUUCCAAAGGAUUUUAAGCAUGAGAAUGCCUUCAAAUUCGCCAACAACGACUACAACGAUGCGCGAUGGCUCAGCUUGGAAGACGCCAUGAAGAUUGAAUCGGCUAGAAAUGUGACAUUGGGAUACACCAAUUUCAAUAUAGACGACUUGAAAGCUUACUUGAAGCAUGUGGUGGAAAGUGACAAGGAUUUGUUCGAGUGGAUGUUGAUUGGAGUGCAUCCAUGGACUCCGUUACAAGAUUUGUUUGAGGGGAUGCUGGUGCUGGAGUACCUGUAUCCGUUUAGCUCGCUGAGUUUUUUCUUGGCAAACUCCGCCUCCAAAACCCGCAAAUCCCCCGUAAUCGCUAUUCAUCGAGCGCCUGGAAGUGUCACCCUCAGUUCAUGGUCCGCCACAGAGCCACCACUCGGAGGAGACGUCGGGGUCCAUGAGACGUUCAAGGACACAUUGACGAUUCUGAGAUUGUUGGAAGAGAGAAGUCGGCUGGAGAAGAUAGUGGAAGAGAAGAAGGAUUCGGUUGUGGUGAGACAUGAGAUAAUGAAGUUGACACAGCAAAUGGAGAGUUUGAAUGUGGCGUUCGAAGAUGGGCGGGCUUAUGUGCUAAUGUAUUAG